CAAAAACAUUGGAUAGAAUUCCUACGUUUUUGACGUUUGUGUUCGUGGUAACAUCUUGGUAUCGUAUACACUAAUUGAUCCAUAUUGUGUUUAGUAAAAUAAGUAUUAAGGCAGUGGCAAACAGCGCAUCAUGGGUCGGAUAUUCCUGAAACAUCUAGGAGGCACGAGAAUAUUUUCCUGCGCAAGUUGUGAAACUCCGCUAACGAACCGAGCACAACUAAUAUCUACGAGAUUCACAGGGGCCACGGGACGAGCGUUUCUGUUUAACCAAGUUGUGAAUCUCAACUACAGCGAGGUACAGGACCGCGUCAUGCUGACCGGACGCCACAUGGUGCGCGACGUGUCGUGCAAGAACUGUGAUGCAAAACUUGGCUGGAUUUACGAAUUUGCCACAGAGGACAACCAGAAAUACAAAGAAGGUCGAGUGAUUCUCGAGCGUGCCCUUGUCACGGAAAGUGAGGGUUUCGAGGAGCAUGUGGGCAAUGAGAGCUGAUUAUAGGAAGGAGGCAGCUGACUUGGACAUUUCAGCCAGAACUGAUUAAAGAAAAAACAACAAAAAACUUGUUGACGAGAGACAAGUUUUACGGCACAGACAGUCGCGGUUUAAUAGAAUUGCGAAAACAUCCCCACAGAAAAUCAUUUAUGAAUUAAUGAUUUUGUUACCUGGGUUACCCCUGUCUGUUCACUAAAACUUGAUGGGUUUUGGAUCGGUUACCCCUGUCUUUUCAUUAAAACUUAAUGGGUUUUAGAUCGGUUACCUCUGUCUUUUCAUUAAAACUUGAUGGGUUUUAGAUCGGUUACUCCUGUCUUUUCAUUAAAACUUGAUGGGUUUUGGAUCGGUUACCCCUGUCUUUUCAUUAAAACUUGAUGGGUUUUAGAUCGGUUAAUCCUGUCUUUUCAUUAAAACUUGAUGGGUUUUGGAUCGGUUACCCCUGUCUUUUCAUUAAAACUUGAUGGGUUUUGGAUCGGUUACCCCUGUCUUUUCAUUAAAACUUGAUGGGUUUUGGAUCGGUUACCCUUGUCUGUUCACUAAAACUUGAUGGGUUUUGGAUCGGUUACCCCUGUCUUUUCACUAAAACUUGAUGGGUUUGGAUCGGUUACCCCUGUCUGUGUACUAAAACUUGAUGGGUUUUGGAUCGGUUACUCCUGUCUGUUCAUUAAAACUUGAUGGGUUUUGGAUCGGUUACUCCUGUCUGUUCAUUAAAACUUGAUGGGUUUUGGAUCGGUUACUCCUGUCUGUUCACUAAAACUUGAUGGGGUUUUAGAUCGGUUACCCCUGUCUGUUUACUAAAACUUGAUGGGUUUUGGAUCGGUUACUCCUGUCUGUUCACUAAAACUUGAUGAGUUUUAGAUCGGGUUACCCCUGUCUGUUCACUAAAACUUGAUGGGUUUUGGAUCGGUUACUCCUGUCUGUUCACUAAAACUUGAUGGGGUUUUAGAUCGGUUACCCCUGUCUGUUCAUUAAAACUUGAUGUGUUUUGGAUCAGUUACUCCUGUCUUUUCACUAAAACUUGAUUGGAUAGGUUACACCUGUCUUUUACUGUCACGGUUUACUGUUGCGUUUUAAUAUGAUUGAAAAACAGCUGCAUAAAAAUAAUUUCUAGAUUAAUGAUUUUGUCCCCUGGGUUACUGCUGUCUUUUCAUUAAAACUUGAUGGAUUUUGAGCGGUUUACAGUCCAGUUUAAUAGGAUUGUGAAAACAACUUCUUAAAAAAUCAUUUCUAGAUUAAUGAUUUUGUCCCCUGUUAUGUUAAAGGCAUAUUGUCACAGACCACUGACCUAUUUAAUUGCCUAACAAAGUAUUACCUGAACAAAAAUAAUUUGAUUUGUCCCUAAAUGUACUUUAUUCAACCAUCUUCAUAA